CUAAACGAUUGACAUAAAAGAGAGAGUAAUAAGCUCGACCACCUGGUACAUUGUUUCUUGAUUGUAAAAAAUCUCCAGUCAAACAAUUUUGGACCUCAGAAAAAACUACAUAAAAAUCCCAAAAUACGCUUUCAAGAAUCUACAUCAGAAGAUUCAGCCAGCUCCGCCACUGCCCACUGCUCUCCACCCCAUCGAUUUCCCAUAUUUUCAACCCCCAAAACAAAGACCAAAAGAACACAAUGGUGGGAACUAUAUAUGGGACUGGAAGGUCAUUGCCUGAAACUCACUCUUCUCCAUGUUUAUGCUUGAAUCCUAUUCUUAACUCAGGCAGCUUUAAUUUCAAGACUAAUGGGGAAUUAUCAUUGGGUUUGUGGAGAAGCUUAAAGAGGAGGAAACAGUUGAAUUUAAGCAGCAGUUUUUUGGAAGCAUGGUGUGAUUGGAAAUUAUCUGCAAAGAUGAUAUCUUUGGCUGUAAAUAGGGUUUCAAGAAAGAGACAGAAGCUUGGGAAAUUCACCGUUGUUGGUGGGUUGGAAGUGGAGGAUGAUGAUUCAGGCGAAGAUGUUAAAAAUGAAAUAAUCAAUGUUAUCACUUACAAAGCUGUACGGACUGUUCUUCAACAACUCUAUGAAAUGAACCCGCCACAGUACACAUGGUUUUACAAUUUUAUAGUAAACCACGUGCCUAACACCGGGAAAGAUUUCCUUCAACAACUUUUCAAGGAAAAGCGGGAACUUGCUGAGAGGGUGAUGAUAACGCGUCUUAACCUUUACAGCAUAUGGAUGCAGAAAUGUGAUCAUGCUGAAUUAUACAAUAGAAUAUCUGAUCAGAACGUGGAACUGAUGCGUGAACGCCUCGCUCAAACUGUUAUAUGGCUAUCUGAAGAUGAUGAGAUUGCUGGAAGUUUGGAUUGAUUAAUGGGAGUAGCUCUCUUUGGUGGUUUUGCCCUUCCUUAAUCCUUUAGUCUUGAUAGGCAAAACUGUUGUCGAUCGGUGGUUGUCAUUGGUUUAAAGUACUAAUUCAGCUCCGGAUGUGUAACCAUAUUCUCGAUAGAAGGUUGUUGCGAGUGGGCGGAGAGGAAUGGAGGAUGUGCAGUGCGUCCUGUUGAGAAAUAUAUCAUGCUUUGAUCUAUACAUCAUCCAUGUAUGACCUGAACUUUUAUUGUUCUAAUAGGGAUGUUAUGUACACCUAGCCUUUCUCAAAUACUUCCCUUUUUAGCCUCUAUGUAUACUUAAUAGUGUUAGUAUGUAUUACAAAAUAUGUUAUCAGCAGUCUUUACAUUGCUUUAAAUAUUGA